UUACGUACGCAAGAAAAUUUCCAGCGUCAUCGCUCGAUUCUAGAUUGUACUCUUACGUACUAAACGUUGUGAAAUGUAUUGUUUAAUGUCCUAGUUUUGGUUGAAAUUAAGCAUGGAUGUUGAUAAUGAGCUGGAGGGUAAACUGCUUCAACAGUUUAGUUCCAUGGGAACGACGGACAAAGAAGUUUUGAUCUCAGAAUUUCAAAAAUUGCUCGAACCUAACCAACUAAAUCCAGCAGGAUGUGCGUUUUUCCUUGAUAUGAAUAAUUGGAAUCUUCAGGCAGCUAUCUGUUCGUACUAUGAUUAUGACCAACCAACUGUUCAAGUGCCAUGUAUGAAGUUUCUGAAAGAUGUCACCAUUGGGGAGGGUGAGGCAGUACCCCCUAACACAACCUUUACCAAAACUUGGAGGAUACAAAACUCAGGAGAUGACAACUGGCCUCCCGGCUGUAACCUACGAUAUUGCUCCGGUGACAACCUGAGUAACACAGACCGUGCCAUUGUGGAUGCCCUCAUACCUGGACAAGUGACUGACGUCAGCGUGGAGAUGCACAGCCCCUCCAACACAGGGGUGUACCAGAGUCAAUGGCGCCUCUCCACCCCCACUGGAAUGUUCUUUGGAGAUGUGAUAUGGGUGAUAAUUCAAGUGGACGUGGGUGGAUUACUUGAUAUUACACAAAAAAUGUCCAAGUUUGGAACUGAUACACAAGGACACUCUAGUCACAGUCAACCAAUACCAAAUCCAUUUGCUUCCCCUUUGAAAAGUGACCACAGUGAAAUCCCCCGACCUAGUUUCUCUCCCCCCCAUUUGUCAUUUCCAGGAAGUCCUGUGAGUAAUAUGUCUCCGAAUUCCUCAAUGACUGCACAGAUCGGCAGUCCGUUCAUCGCACAACUCAGUCCAGCAACCAGCCAGGCAGGAAGUCCGUAUUCUCAGCAAAUGACCUCAACAAUUCCAAGUAACUUUCCUGCUGCUCGCUCACUCUUUCAGACACAACCUGAUAAAUCCUGUGAUGUUCAAGACUGUACAUCAGAACUAGAUAUUUCCUAGCAUUGAUUUAACCAACUCCCUCAGACUGGACUUGCUCUUAUUUGGACAGGCCGAUUGUUUAAUACUUUAAAGCAGGGAGGAAAAAAUUGGUGCACUUUUUGUUUUGUCCUUUUUUGUUUGUUUAUUUGUGGAAUUUAUGAUAUCAAAUUCAGUUUCCAAAAACAUCAAGAUUGAAUAGGAAAUUGUUCAGGAGAGAUCAAAUUGACCUUUAUGUGAUAUCAAUAUCUCAAGUUUCAGAUAAGUACCAGUAUUCAUGUAAUUAUAGAAAAGAAUAAUUUGAUUUUAAAUGUAAAGGCCAGAAUAAAUAGUGUGUUUCAAAUACCCUGUAUAAAAACAAUGUUCAGUGUUUUUGAAAGGUUUCAUAAAAGGCCGUUU